CCGCGUCCCAAGAAAGCCCAUCCCGAACGCGUUCCCCAAGCGAAGCGAAAUGGGGACCUGGGACAUUUUAAUUCGAGAGGUCCCUCAACCCGCCCUGAACUACGUGACAUACUCUGCCCGUGCUAAUAAUCCAACGACCUCGACACUCAUUCACCCAUCAUUGCCUUGUUGUGUGUAGCAUUGCGUUUGUUUAGUUUGUUGCUCUCUUGAUUUUUCAGCGCAUACACACUGUUUUCCACCACAUGAACAGUAAUCUCUAAUCACCAUCCUCAAGCGGUGGGCUUGCAAGUGGUGGAGCGACUAACUUGCAGUCAUGGUAUCGGAAGCAGUUGUCACCAGCGGUUUGGAAACGUUACCUCCUCGACCACCGACGCCCCCGCGAGAGAAGUCACUCGAAGUGGAAAAGCAGAACCAACUGUUGAGCCGCCCAUCCCUCGAUCCUCGACGAAGUCUACACACACCUCCUGACUACUCGCCGUAUUCAUCAGACCUGUCCAACCCAACUUCACGCAGGACACGCAAGAAGGUUGGCUUCUCAAGCCAGGCCGAAUACCGUGACGCCCCUACAUACCUCAAGGGUGCACGAAAACAGCCAACGCCUGCUUCUGUUCCUGCUGCUGCAUCCUCAACGGCAAAUCUUCCUCGGCCGCUAAAGUCCAUUCUCAAACCUUCGCCUCCUGCAGUCCUCAACCCACUCGACCCGUCUGCGGGAACCGACGAAGCGACCCGACAUGCGAAUAUUGUUACAAUGUUGGAGUCGACUACAAAGCAGCUUGCUGGCACCGACAGAGCAUCCAAAUUGGAUGCUUACUCGGUACUUGUGCGCGCCCUCAAGGCCUCCAACAACCUGCCAGACAGGAUUGCUUUGCAAGCCAAAAUGAGUUUGUUCACUCAGUUCAUACAACGAGACGUCACAAGCGUCUCUGAUGAGACGGGAGAACUCGACUCAUCCCUUAGCAAUCAUGCAUCGGCACUGCUCAUUACCUUUCUCAACUUCCCGGCUAUUGCGUCGUCCAUUUCCAAUGAGUUUGGCGUUUUCAUCAUGGAUCACUGCAUCCGGUCCUUCGAAAACGCUGCAGUACCGAAAGACGUUGUGAGGCAUCUUAUGCAGAUUGUCGCCUCGCAGGAUUUCCCUGCAAAAGUAAUGUCCGCAGAUCGAGUGGGCCGUUUGGUGUCAUCUCUUCAUCGCAUCGAGGAACACCUCAAGGGCAAAAGCAUUAUUAUGUCUCGCAUUCUUAUAUACCGCAAGUUGAUCAAGCAAUCCAAACCCCAUAUGAUCACGCAUGCAGACUGGCUACUCGAUCUUUUCACGGACAUGCUGAGCAGCAUGAAAGAGAUCCGCGCUACCGCAAUUGCCCUCGGACUCGAGGCAAGUUUCACCAUUGCCAAGGACAAGCAUUUGUCGAAGCGGGUCAUGGAGAUCUUAGAGCUUACGGUUGACGAUACCAAAUACAUUCAGUACUAUGUCGGAAGGUUGAAGGCCAUGUCAAAGUCCAAGGACGUAAACGAUUCUUCGGUAGUCCCCCAGAUUUGGAGUGUCAUUCUCCUUCUCCUGAGGUGUCCGGUAACCAAGUGGGACUUUUUCGGUCCCUGGCUCGAAGUUAUACAGGUGUGUUUUAACAAGGUCGACUUGCAAACCAAGUCCGAAGCCUUCUACGCCUGGAACCGUCUUGUAUAUUGCAUUCAGCUUCACGACCCCUCGUUUUCGAAAGUAAUCGCCACAAUUCGUCAGCCAUAUGAAAGCCAGUUGAAGCGGAAGAAACUUAGCGAUGAACUUCGGAGGGUCGUUCUUGGUAGUCUUUGCAAUCUCUACUACUACACCUUCAAGCCCAACACCAGUGAAGAUCAAAUCAGCAACUUUUGGGAUUCAUGCAUUCCACAAUUAAUUAACCCCAUGGUGAGCCCCGAGCUGCUGUCCAAGACCCCGGACGCAACUCCAUCUCUUUGGCAGAAUCAGAUCCCUCAGGCUACCCAAGUUCUAACGGCACUAUUCAACUCGACGACGCCACGAAUCUGGAAAGAAGACCGUAUCGCAGAUUCGCCUUUGGUAAAGGCAGAUGAAUUGCCUGCUCUGGAUCCAAAAUGGGUAAGACGGAAUGCAUCAAAGGUUUUCUCAGUUGUAGGGCCUCUUCUGACGAAGACAUACCUGGAUCUGGCCGACGAGGGGUCUGCUACCGCUAAGCUCUGGAAGACCCUCGUGGGCAGUGUUGCAGUUGCUGCCAGCAAGGAAGUCAAGGUGUCUACCGAUACAGCCGUCUUCAUGGCUCACACUCUUACUUUCCUCUUUCGCUUAUGGUCACAAGGCUUGGCUCGCGAAAAAGAGGGUGAGGAGACCUCGCAAAGAUUUUAUAAAGCCACACACGCAUUCAUCUCGACACUUGUUAGUUCUUUGGGCCCAUUACCGUUCACUGAGAAGCAGCUCUCCAUGGGUACACAAAACACUUUCGUCCCAGUAGCGACGCCUUCGCAUCGUCCCGGAAAGAAUCAAGGAGUUACCCGAACACCGUUGCAUCAUCUUUUCUCAAUACUCUCAUCCCUGCCACCCAAUACGAAAGACGACGAUGACCUUGCAAACCUUGUUCAGAGCAUGCUAGCACCAUUUUUGGUCUCAAGGUCUCACAAAGCCAAGAUCGAUCUUGCUUACGAAUUGAUGCAUUCACUCCCGAUGGAUACCAUCUCACCUUCUGGCCCGUGGGUGGCCAUCUCCAAUAUUUUAUCCGAGUCCCUACAGAGUAGCCAGACCAGCUUCUCAUCGAGUAGUUCCACUAGCCAACCUCCGAUCGGCCAUGGAUAUCGUGAGAUUAUCAACCAUCUGGAAAAGGGGGCGAGGUCAACACCCGGCCUUCCUUGGACUAAAUGGCAAUCCUUAUUCCAAAUUCUUGUGACGCGAGCUAGUAAUGAAACUGGAGAGGCUGGCUGUGCCUUAGCAGUUAUUGAACCCCUGUCUAAGAGUGUUUUAGACAUCUUGGCUAACAGCCUCGAGUCGAGCAACACGAUGAACCUGUUUAGAUUUGGCACCUACAUUAUCUCUGUCGCCAAGCAACCUCGGGAUCGUCAAGCUGUUGAGGCUGCUCGCCGCCGGCUAUGGGGCACGUCCAUUUCUGGCCCACGAUCUGCCUCCUUUGAUAUAUAUGACAAUCUGUACAAGCUAAUCAACCACCUUCUCACAGUUUCGUAUCAGCGCUACAGCGAAUUCGAAACUGAAGGUAUUGUGGUGCCUCUGCUAACGGAGGUUGCUGGAUUCUUAUCAAGAUGUAAUCAACUCCUCGUGCUUAAAACUUUGGUCAGCUUGCAAGACAGCAUUGGAUUCUGGAUUCAGGACAAAGAGGCACGAUACAACAACCACCAGUCUGCUCAUGUAUCUGAAGCUGUCAAGCUUCUUUGGACCCGUAUCUGCAAUAUCUUUAUAGAGGCAGAUAACUUGGAGCAGGUUCAACUUGACACUAUCGAGCCGCUGUUGUGCUCAGCCUUCGAAAGCAGGCACAGACAAAUUGUUAGCACUGUCACUGUUAUGUGGAAUCGCGCCUUUGAGCAAGCUGACGAGGUUCAAUACCCUGAGCGGUUGAAGGCUGUGCUUCUCUCACUACACCCUUAUGUCGAUAUUGUGUUACCUGGAUUCGAUUUUGCAAACGUUAAGGUUACUGGGCAGGAACCUGUGUUCAUCAACUCGCAGGAUGACCUUGAAGCAGCCGCCCCGGCAAUCAAGACGGUCUCGAAGGCUAGUCCUCCAGCGGACAGAAGAUCCUCAUCUAGACGCUCACGAUCGAAUACUCCGCGGAAUGUCAAGCCGUCUGUCCCCACUUCCAGCCAGCAGAAACUAGAGUUGACGCCACGAGUUUCCCGGCUCAAGUCUGCUAGACGCAGCGCAACACCACGACUCAAGCAUAAUGACUCGCAGAUUCAAUUCGCCGCAAUUGCAUCAUCUUCCCCACUUCACACCUCUGAUGAAUCUCAAAUUCUGACCGAAAGACAAAGGGAAGUCAGGGAGAAACAGCAUGACAAUGCUGCCCUUUUCUCUGAGUUGCGCUCGAGUGUGAAAAAAGGCAGCACAGAACUGCAUAGCUCUAAAAAGGCGAGCAGCCCAGAUAUCUCUUUGCCAGAGAAAGCUGUUACUCCCAAAUCCCACCGGAGCUUUGAGGACUAUGUGUCGUCAACACCUACACCUCGGCGGGGCCAGGCUGUACUUGUGGAUGACAAUGAUCACGAGAUGACAGAUGAUAUACCGUCGUCACCCCCGGACCCCCGUCGCUAUCCGCUUGUACCUGAGAUCAACAAGCCGCUGUCCAGCAGUAGUAGUGUUUUGGAUGAAUGGCAGUUCACGUCCUCGCCCAUUUCGGGGUCGCCACUACAUAAUCGCUCAUCCACCUCAAACGAAGCAGACGUCGGGAGCCUGCAUCAAGUUCGAGAUCUUCCAGACCGUGACGCCGCUACCAAUGGGAUCAACGAAGAGUCUCGACGAAGACUUAUUGGUGAUGAAAACGAACAAGGUGGAAUUGAGGACGAAGCAGAUGGUGUUCUGAUGGGUAAGGAGGACAGCAAUGAUGUACUGCCACCUGUUGCUCUGAGAUCUACAACGCCCCCGAAGGCUCUCAAGUUAAAGCCACAGGAGACUCCGAAGUCGGACAACGAGGUAUUCGUUGACGCUUUGACGAGUCCUAAUCCACGCACACCUCGGGAUCGGCGGGCACUUGCUAGAGCUUCUCAGCUUGCGUCCACACAGCUUUCACAAGCAUCUCAGCCCAAGGACCGCUCCUUUGACGCCAGUGAUGUUGAUGAGCGAAGUCUCUUGCGUCUUGUUGUCGAGCUUGACUCGCAAAAGUGCGAUCCCCGCCCGUCGGACGCAACCAGGGUAGAUGCCGAGCUAGACGAACACGAUCGGUCGUCACAGGACCGGGGUGGUUCGCCUUCACUGGACUGCAUUGCUGUGAACAUGAAAUCUAACAAGUCGAACCGGAAAACCAAGAAGUCCAAAUCCGGCGAGCCGUUGCCAAUUAUGCCCCCGACGCCUGUUGAGGCCGAUUUGCCACAAGAAACGGACCAGAUACCCAAGAAGAAAAGAAAGCGAGGCGGAGGAAAAACUCAGGAAUCCGGUAAUAAGAAGCGCAGGCACAGUCGAGAGCUCGAAAUAGAUAUCGAACCUGGUAGCCAGCUUCUUCCGAUCAAUGACAUCGCAUCAUUGGAACUCUCCGAACGUAUUGGCGGAGAACGGCCGACAAGCUUCUUGCAAGAAUCUUCAGACCAGAGUCGGUAUCUUGAUGGGUCGAGCCCGAUCUCUGAUACUCUUGACUCCGCAGACAAUUCAAUGGACGAGCUCGAAGCUGUGAACAUGCAGAUUGUGCAAGAAGCCUCACAAAACACGCAAGACGAAAUGUCCAUCGUGGAGCCCCUGGCGGCUCCAGUCAGGACAGACGACUCGCAGCGUAUGGCCCCGGGGGCUGAUAUAACUAUGGAGGAAGUGCAUGCAAUGGAUAGCGCAAGAGCUGGCCAAGAGAGCUCACCAGGCGUUCACAUUGCGGAAGGGGAGGCAACAGUUGCUUCCCAACCCGAAAGCAUAACGAGGCAAAAAAUCAUGGAUAGCUUGAGAGGCAGCCUAGCCUUGCUGCGCACAUCAGCGCUGUCACGAGAUGACGUCAAUGAAGUGGAGGACAUGUUUAUGGAUUUGAAGAGGGAGCUCUAUAACGCGGAGUUCCGUGGUCGGAAAUAGACCUAUACUGGACAAGGCAAUGCUUUUUAUUGUUCAUGUGGAAAAGGCAUGUUGUUAAACUACGAGGGGGAAUUGUAUAUGUGUGUACCAGAACGGAUAUUGCAUUGGCGCGGAGUUAUGGUGGCAUUGCUCAGGAUAUCAUGACUUGGUCUGCGGAAUAGAACGCCUCUGAAGGCAAUGGCUUUACUUUUACAAGCACUGCGAAAUGAACUCUCUAGGUUGCAUCGCAUC